CCGGGGAAAGUGAGUUGCGUGGGCGCCGCGACCCGGAGCGCAGAGCCGGGAGCGCAGAGCCGAGCAGUGGCGCGUGCGGCCGACCCUGGGGUCCUGUCUCUCCUGGGGGUGGCAAGUCCCAUUUACCCGAAGAGGAAGUAGAGGCCCAGAGAAGGACCAUGGGCUCCAUGUUCCGGGGUGAGGAGGUGGCGCUGGUCCAGUUCUUCCUGCCCACAGCUGCUGCCUAUACCUGUGUGAGUCAGCUUGGCGAGCUGGGUCUCACGGAGUUCAGAGACCUCAAUGCUUCGGUGAGCGCCUUCCAGAGACGCUUCGUGGGGGAUGUUCGGCGCUGUGAAGAGCUGGAGAAAACCUUCACGUUCCUGCAAGAGGAGGUGCGGCGGGCUGGGCUGGUGCUGCCCCCACCCGAGGGGAGACUGCUGGCACCCCCACCCCGUGACCUGCUGCGCAUCCAGGAGGAGACGGAUCGCCUGGCCCAGGAGCUCCGGGACGUGCGGGGCAACCAGCAGUCCCUGCGGGCCCAGCUGCACCAGCUGCAGCUGCAUUCCGCCGUGCUGGGCCAGGGCCACCACCUCCCGUUGGCAGCCGCCCCCACGGAUGGGCUCUUGGAAAGAAGUCCCCUGCUCCAGCCCCCGGGGGGGCCCCACCGGGACCUGAGAGUCAACUUCGUGGCAGGGGCUGUGAAGCCCACCAAGGCCGCCGCCCUGGAGCGCCUGCUCUGGAGGGCCUGCCGGGGCUUCCUCGUCGCCAGCUUCAGGGAGACGGAGCAGCAGCUGGAGGACCCGGUGACGGGUGAGCCUGCCACGUGGAUGACCUUCCUCAUCUCCUACUGGGGCGAGCAGAUUGGGCAGAAGAUCCGCAAGAUCACGGACUGCUUCCACUGCCACGUGUUCCCGUUCGUGGAGCAGGAGGAGGGCCGCCUCGGAACCCUGCAGCAGCUGCAGCAACAGAGCCUCGAGCUGCAGGAGGUCCUGGGGGAGACGGAGCGCUUCCUGAGCCAGGUGCUGGGCCGGGUGCAGCAGCUGCUGCCGCCCUGGCAGGUGCAGAUCCGCAAGAUGAAGGCCGUGUACCUGGUGCUCAACCAGUGUAGCGUGAGUGCCACCCACAAGUGCCUCAUCGCCGAGGGCUGGUGCGCCUCCAGCGACCUGCCCACCCUGCAGCAGGUGCUGCAGGGCAGCUCGAGUGAGGCGGGUGUGAGCGCCGUGGUUCACCGCAUCCCCUGCCGGGACAUGCCCCCCACACUCAUCCGUACCAACCGCUUCACGGCCAGCUUCCAAGGCAUCGUGGACGCCUACGGCGUGGGCCGCUACCAGGAGGUCAACCCAGCGCCCUACACCAUCAUCACCUUCCCCUUCCUCUUCGCCGUGAUGUUCGGGGACGUGGGCCACGGGCUGCUCAUGUUCCUCUUCGCCCUGGCCAUGGUGCUCGCUGAGAACCGGCCGGCCGUGAAGGCGGCGCAGAACGAGAUCUGGCGGACCUUCUUCAGCGGCCGCUACCUGCUGCUGCUCAUGGGGCUGUUCUCCGUCUACACCGGCUUCAUCUACAACGAGUGCUUCAGCCGCGCCACCACCAUCUUCCCCUCGGGCUGGAGCGUGGCGGCCAUGGCCACCCAGUCUGGCUGGAGCGACGCGUUCCUGGCCGAGCACCCACUGCUCACCCUGGACCCCGCGGUCGGCGGUGUCUUCCUGGGACCCUACCCCUUCGGCAUUGACCCCGUCUGGAGCCUGGCCGUUAACCACCUGAGCUUCCUCAACUCCUUCAAGAUGAAGAUGUCCAUCAUCCUCGGGGUCACCCACAUGACCUUCGGGGUGGUCCUGGGAGUCUUCAACCACGUGCACUUUGGCCAGUGGCACCGGCUGUUCCUGGAGACGCUGCCCGAGCUGAUCUUCCUGCUGGGGCUCUUCGGCUACCUCGUCUUCCUGGUCAUCUACAAGUGGUUGAGCGUCUCAGCGGCCGGCGCUGCGGCAGCCCCCAGCAUCCUCAUCCACUUCAUCAACAUGUUCCUCUUCUCCCGCAGCCCCACCAACCAGCCCCUCUUCCCCGGGCAGGAGGUGGUGCAGUCUACACUGGUGGUCCUGGCCCUGGCCACCGUGCCCGUCCUGCUGCUCGGCACACCCCUGUUCCUGCGCUGGCAGCGCUGUCGCCCACUGAGGCCCACUGGCCGCCAGCCGGAAGACGACAAGGCCGGGAUUCUGGACGCCUCCGACGCCUCCGUGGCUGGCUGGGGCUCUGAUGAGGAGAAAGCGGGGUGCCCAGGGAACGGAGAGGAGGCCGAGUUCGUCCUGUCCGAGGUGCUCAUGCACCAGGCCAUCCACACCAUCGAGUUCUGCCUGGGCUGCAUCUCCAACACGGCCUCCUACCUGCGUCUCUGGGCCCUGAGCUUGGCCCACGCCCAGCUGUCGGAGGUCCUGUGGGCCAUGGUGAUGCGUGUGGGCCUGCGCAUGGGCCGUGAGUUGGGCGUGGCGGCCGUGGUGCUGGUCCCCAUCUUCGCCGCCUUCGCCGGGUUGACCGUGGCCAUCCUGCUGGUGAUGGAGGGGCUCUCGGCCUUCCUGCACGCACUGCGGCUGCACUGGGUAGAGUUCCAGAACAAGUUCUACCUAGGCAGUGGCUACAAGCUGAGCCCCUUCACCUUCGCGGAGGAGGACUAGCGCCCCCCUGUGGCCACGCCCGGGUCCCUGCCCUUACCUGCGGAGACAAUAAAGAUGGACUAGGAA